AGAGAGAGAGAGAGAGACACGUUGAGCAGUGGGAGAGUGAAAGAGUAUCAGUCAAAGAAAGAUCCAAAAGGCUGAAAGAGAGGGAGAGAGAGCGAAAGAUUGUCUGAGAGCCUCUAUGCGCUGUCCCACCCCCUGACUGGUCUUCGCCUCCCCUACAGUCCUGAGAAGCCAGCCCCGAACAGAGAGAGAGAGAAAGAAAAAAGAAAGGAGAAGAGAGAAAAAAGAGAGGGGACACACACUAGCUCAGGACUCUGGAAUUCGAAACCUUUGGAGCAACACACACACACACACACACACACUUACACACACAUACACACUCAUGCACGGUCUCUGUGGUGAUUUGGAUCGUUCACAGCGGGAAUAACUCUGAGAGAUCAAGAGAGAGAGAGAGAGAGAGUGUGUGUGAGAGAGAGAGAGAGAGAGAGCGAUAUUCUUUCUACAUUUCUUUACUCUGGACUCUACUGCUACACCAUGGCACCUGUCACGGACAGAGAAUCACGGACCUAGGAGCGCCACAUUGCCAGGAACACACAGAUAGCAAGACAGUACAAAGGCUGCAGGAGAGCAUCCACCCCCUCUACCACGUGGAAAAAGGCAAAGGUGAAGGAGAGGAGAUGUAGAUGGCUUUACAGUAGGAGGUUCCAGUGCCACUGUGAGAAGCUUCUUCAGUCCCGUUGGAGCUGAGAGGUGUGCGGUACGACAGACGCAGAACGGGGGAACACCACACAACGCCCCGAAGGCUGACAUCCGUUUUGGAGAGGAGAGCGAGGACAACUAGCUGUCCAUUGCUACGACAACAACCAGACCCAUUUCAACCCGAGGCGCGCCAGGCUAGUGCCGACCCCAGGACACCAUGAUGGUGGCAGUGACGAUGAUGACGACGUGGGGCUCCCUGCUCCUCGUGGCCUCCCAGGUCUCAUCCAGCGGAAUCCCCAAGACCAGCGCCUCCUCUUCACCCUCCUUCUCCUCACACCCAUUCUCCUCUUCCUCGUCCUCCCCUCGCAUGAAGCUCUCCUACAAAGAGCUGCAGCAGUUCCACGGCGUGCGCCGGUUCGAGCUGGAGCGUUCGUGCUGUUUCAGCGCCCUGUUGCUGGACGAGGAGAGGGGGCGGCUCUUCGUGGGCUCACGCAACUUCCUGCUGUCACUCAGCCUGGAUAACAUUGCCAAGCAGGAGCACAAGAUCUACUGGCCGGCCCCUGUGGACUGGAGGGAGGAGUGUAACUGGGCAGGAAAGGACAUCAACACAGACUGUGUGAACUAUGUGAAGAUGGUCCACCACUACAACCGCACUCACCUGUACACCUGUGGAACCGGAGCCUUCCAUCCCACCUGCGCCUUUGUAGAGGUGGGACAGAAGAUGGAGGACCACGUGUUCAGGAUCGACCCGUCCAAAAUGGAGGAUGGGAAAGGGAAGAGUCCAUACGACCCCCGUCACCCUGCAGCCUCGGUGCUGAUAGGUGAUGAGCUGUAUGCGGGUGUGGCCACUGACCUCAUGGGUAGAGACUUCACCAUCUUCCGCAGUCUGGGGGGACGACCCUCCAUUCGCACCGAACAACACGACUCACGCUGGCUCAACGAGCCUAAGUUUGUGGGUUCGUUCUGGGUGCCGGAGAGUGAGAACCCAGACGAUGAUAAGAUCUUCUUCUUCUUCCGGGAGACGGCGGUGGAGGCUCAGGGCCUGGGGAAGUCCACCUACUCCCGUAUCGGACAGCUCUGCAGGAAUGAUAUGGGUGGCCAGCGUAGUCUGGUCAACAAGUGGACCACGUUCUUGAAGACUCGUCUCAUCUGUUCUGUGCCGGGCAGUGACGGCAGUGACACGUACUUUGACGAGCUCCGGGAUGUGUUCCUGCUGCAGACCAAGGAUAGGAAGAACCCUCUGGUCUACACUGUCUUCUCUACCUCCAGCAGUGUAUUCAAGGGAUCAGCCGUGUGUAUCUACACAAUGAAUGACAUCCGCAGGGCCUUCUUGGGGCCCUUCGCCCACAAAGAGGGUCCAAACUACCAGUGGGUCCCCUUCCAGGGCAAAGUCCCCUACCCACGCCCUGGCAUGUGCCCCAGCAAGACAUUCGGCAGCUUCGAGUCCACCAAGGGUUUCCCUGACGACGUGAUCCAGUUUGCCCGUCACCACCCUCUCAUGUUUAACCCCGUGUACCCCCUGAACCGCCGGCCCGUCUUCCUGAGGACCAACGUAGACUACAGCUUCACCCAGAUCGCUGUGGACCGGGUGGGCGCCGCAGACGGGCAUUAUGAUGUCAUGUUCAUUGGCACAGACAAAGGGACGGUGCUGAAAGUGAUCUCUGUCCCGAAAGAGAGCUGGAACAACAUGGAGGACCUGCUACUGGAGGAGCUAGAGGUGUUCAAGGAUGCCUCAUCCGUCAUCAACAUGCAGAUAUCCUCAAAACGGCAACAGCUGUAUGUGGGCUCAGACACGGGUCUGGCCCAGGUUCCUCUGCAUCGCUGCAGUAUCUAUGGGAAGGCCUGUGCUGAGUGCUGCCUGGCCAGAGACCCCUACUGCGCCUGGGACGGCACUUCCUGCACCCGCUACCUACCCAACACCAAACGGCGUUUCCGUCGUCAGGACGUGAGGAAUGGAGACCCCAACACCCUGUGUUCAGGAGACCACCACAAGCACCGGGUGGCAGAGAGGAGGCUGUUCGGGGUGGAAGGGAGCAGCACCUUCCUGGAGUGUAUCCCCAAAUCCCUGCAGGCCAGAGUGACCUGGACCUUCCAGAAACAACCCCACAACGCCAAGGAAGAGACGCGUCUGGAUGACCGCGUGCUGCAGACAGAGCGGGGGCUGUUGGUGAGGAGGGUACUGAAACGGGACGUGGGCCUCUACCAGUGCCACGCCAUGGAGCACGGCUUCACCCAGACCCUACUGGGCAUCACCCUGGAGGUAGUACCCUCCUCCUCCUCUUCCUCCCCGCCCGCCGACCCUCUCCUUCGAUUGGACCCCCGCAGCGGAGGCGGCGGCCCACCUUCCACCAAUCAGAAGCUGUGGUACCGGGACUUCAUGCAGCUGGUGGACCACCCGAACCUCAGCACCGUGGAUCAGAUCUGUGAGCAGGUGUGGGCGCGCAAGAGCGCCCAAUCGGACAAGAGCUUCCCGUCUUCUCCCGACAAACAGGCCCCGCCCAUCGGUCCCGUGGUCCGGCCCCCUAACAAGAAGUGGAAGCAUCUGCAGGACAUCCGCAAGGGGAGGAACCGCCGAACCCACGACGGGAAACCCUCCCCACGAGCACCACGCAGCGCAGGGGAGUGACAACAGAGAGAGAGGAGAGAAAGAAGGAGAGAGACUGAGGGUGGCGAGAGAGGGAAGAGAGGGAAGAGGAAAAGAGAGAGACAGAGACUGAUAGAGACCAAGGACUUCUGGAGGGUGUCAACACAUACACAGCACCUCCUUCUUUGUGAAUAUUUAUCUUCCGACACCCCACUAGCUACUGCCCCAUGAUGCUUCACUCCACUCUGCCCUGACCCCUGACCCCCGAUUAGCGUGUACCGCCCCUUAUUAUUCCCCCUAUCUUUAUUCUCUGUCCCAGCUCUCAAUCCCUUUGGGUGUACUCUCCUGGAGAACUUCUGAUGGAGACCUCACCUCUACAGAAUAGACUGAACAGAGUCCCCAAGUGAAACGAUGGCUCAGUGUAUGUCACUCAAUCUCUCAACUGGAAUUACAACUGGCUCGUAACCGGAAUAUCCGAAUGGAAAAAGACACACAUACACACCACAGGAGGUUGGUGGCACCUUGAUUAGGGAGGACGGGCUCGUGGUAAUGACUGGAGUGGAAUCAGUGGAACGGAAACAAACACGUGGUUUCCAAUUGUUUGGCGCCAUUUCAUUUGCUCCGUUUCCGGCCGUGUUUACGAGCCGUCCUCCCCUCAGCAGCCUCCUGUGAUACACGUUUACAACCCGAGGCGACAGUACCUUUGAUAACACGGACUACAAAUUGUGAGAUGGGACAAAAACAAUGGGCUCCGCAGACCUCCAAGCGCACCUUGAUCAACUUAGGUAUAAUCACAUUUCAGGUGUUUUGCAAAGAGAGCAUCACGUAGAUGUGUGCUUUGUGACAGAUGCAGUCUUUGAUAUUCUUUUUUUUGGUCCAAACCACUACAGAUAGGAGAACGCACUACUGUCAUUCCAGGGUGCACUACUGUCAUUCCAGGGUGCACUACUGUCAUUCCAGGGUAUAGAGAGAGCUGUUACAAUGAGGUGAGAUUCUGAAACAGAGAGAGAGAGAGAGAGAGAGUGUACAGGAGCAAUACAAUGGUUCCAUUGUGAUUCUAUUUUACAAAAUGGCUGACAAGGUAGAGGAAGUGGGCGAUGUUCUACCUGUAUGUUUAUGGGCUGACGUGGUAGAGGAAGUGGGCGAUGUUCUACCUGUAUGUUUAUGGGCUGACAAGGUAGAGGAAGUGGGCGAUGUUCUACCUGUAUGUUUAUGGGCUGACAAGGUAGAGGAAGUGGGCGAUGUUCUACCUGUAUGUUUAUGGGCUGACAAGGUAGAGGAAGUGGGCGAUGUUCUACCUGUAUGUUUAUGGGCUGACGUGGUAGAGGAAGUGGGCGAUGUUCUACCUGUAUGUUUAUGGGCUGACGUGGUAGAGGAAGUGGGCGAUGUUCUACCUGUAUGUUUAUGGGCUGACGUGGUAGAGGAAGUGGGCGAUGUUCUACCUGUAUGUUUAUGGGCUGACGUGGUAGAGGAAGUGGGCGAUGUUCUACCUGUAUGUUUAUGGGCUGACGUGGUAGAGGAAGUGGGCGAUGUUCUACCUGUAUGUUUAUGGGGUGACAAGAAAAAUAUUUUGUGUUUUAUUUAGUCAUUUAUUUAAAUGAUCUGUGUGUAUUUUCUGACUCGGAUGACUUGUGUUGUGUGCUGACACAUUUACAUGGGGGGAGAUGGUUGAGAUGGUUCAGGUGACAGGCUGCACAACAUCAAUGUGGACGUGGCCAAACAAUAGUGGGCUUUGAAUACGACGUCCCAACUUUGGGCAAAAAGCAUGAUAUUUAUAUGUGAAAAGAAAACAUCUUGAUUUUUUUUUUUUAUUCCAAAUGGUACAUACAUAUGGUUCUUUUAGGCUUACACUGUUUGCCUAGGUAAAUGAUCAGUAGCUGCGUGCGUGCGUGCGUGCGUAAAUAAACGUCCCUCCCUCCUGUGCUGUGUCUGUAGGCCCAUCUCUGAGUGUCAAUUUUACAGCAUGUCUUUGAUGCCUUCAGUUCAGCGAAACACAUUUGUCCUCUGUGAAAUGGUGUGAGUAGAUCGCCACCUAGUGUCCUUUCCGUGUAUAGGCCUGGUCCGUUGACUUCCUACGGUACGAUUCAAUACAGUCUGUUGUCGGCUUCUUCAAAUAAAAACGUGCUUUAAAUGUUUCUCCUUUUACCAGUGAAGUCUGUGAGAGCGUACAGAUGUGAGGAAUCCCGCCUUUUAUUUAUAGCUGCUUAAUAAAGGUGUAAUUAUUAACUUUUGAACGACUGAGGCCUAUAAGUUAGGUGGGCUGUAGUUUUGUGCUCUCCAAUUGCAUGACCAAGGUUAGGGACUAGACGGUGCACAAUGGAGACUUUGGCUGCCUAUCUGAAUGGCACUCAGGGCCCACAGGGUCCUGGUCAAAAGUAGUGCACUAUAUAGGGAAUAGAGUGCCAUUUGGGAGACACCCUUUGAGAGGCGAGAGGGUCUUGUGUUCAAUAUGCUCACUAUGGUUAUCCUAUGUAUUCAUGUGCACAAAAUAAGCUAAUAUGUUGUGGUGGAUAUUUCUUUUACUUUUCAUGUCGAGACUUGGGGCUCUAUUCAAUCUGUAUCGAUGAAGCGUUACAGAAUGCGCGACAGAAACCUAAAAGGCGAUUUCCAAUCGAGGUGACAAAUGCAGCGUUUACUGUGAACGCAGUCUCUGCUAAUGCGGGGACGUUGCUUUUAGAUUGAAAUCAAGCUGUCACGCUAAACUACAGCCUUACGGAUUGAUUGGAGCCCUUGCAGUUGUACCAUACACGUUCUGCAAAAGCUAUCAUCAUUCAAAAAAACACUCGGUAAAUGUUGAUCCGGUUGUCCAAUUAGCAUCAUCGUUCUUCACGCUGCCCUCCAACCGCUGAUCCUUUCUAUUCCAUGCUAUGUUACGCACCCCAACUGUGUGUGUGUGUGUGUGUGUGCGUGUGUGCGUGUGUGCGUGUGUGUGUGUGUGUGUGUGUGUGUGUGUGUGUGUGUGUGUGUGUGUGUGUGUGUGUGUGUGUGUGUGUGUGUGUGUGUGUGUGUGUGUGUGUGUGUGUGUGUGUGUGUGUGUGCGUGCGUGUGUGUGUGUUUGGAGGAAAGGAGAGCUCUUUACAUAUUGGCUUAGGAGGAGAGGUAGUCUGUAGAAACAGUUCAAAGUUCAGAGGCCAAAGUUGACAUGGUGCACUGUAUUACUUCCAGAGUUCUUUGUGGAUUGUUGUGCCGGGUUGUUUUUGAUUAACACAAUAAAGUGCCCAGUUACUUUA